AUGCCAAUCCUAAUCAAUCUCAUAGCUUCCAUAUUCUUUGUCUUAACCAUCAAUACAUGCCACUCAGCUUAUGAUCAUCACACAAACAGUUAUGUACAAGAAGCAUGCAGUGUGACUAAAUAUCAAGACCUCUGUGUCCACUCACUUGCAUCAUUCUCAACCACUGCUAAGAGAAGCCCUAGCCGGUGGGCUAGGGCCGGCGUGUCGGUGGCGAUUGGAGAGGCAAAAAGUGUCGAUCUUUACUUGAUUAAACUGAAAAGGAUCAAAAGAUUUCAAGGAAGAAGAAACAUAGUUGCACUCUCUGAUUGCUCUGAGUGCUUUCAGGACGCGAUCGAUCGCCUUCACGGAUCACUUGGUGUUCUAAGAAGGCUUAAUGCCAGAAACUUUGACAAUGAGAUUGAGGACCUAACAACAUGGUUAAGUGCUGCUCUUACUGAUGCAGACACUUGCUUGGAUGGCUUUGAAGGCCAAAAUGCAGAGCGAGUGCAAGUGAAGGUGCUUCGAAAUAGGGUUAUAAGAGCCAGUUACAUCACUAGUAAUGCAUUGGCUCUGGUUAACAAACUUGCAGGAACUGGUAUACAAGGCCUAACUGAUCCAUAGAAGGAGAAAAAAAUCUUGGAUUGGUACUGCAGCUUUAAUGGGAUCACCUGUACAACAAGUAUAGUACAUUGUUAUGUAUAAUAAAUAACAAGUAUUUAAGCUUCUGAUGUAUUAAUUAGUAUCACAAGCUAUUGAUAAAAGUCGGUACAAAAUAAGAUUAAACAACCUCUGGCUUGUUAUCCGCU